AUGACCCCCAACAUGGCCGAGUUCGAAAACAGCAUGAUGGACGAGUCCUUCGCGGCGUCCGAAGCUGCGGAUGAUCAGUCUCACGGCAUGACCGCUAGCGCGACGGUCGGUACAAGACGGCAAGCGAACGGCACAAUUGGCUCUGUCUACUCCGGCAACAAGAUUCGACACCUGAAGAAAGACGAUGGCAUACCUCUAUGGCGUAAAGAUAUCCAGUACCAAUUCCUGAAGCUGGUCUUUGAGGACAAAACGCCCGUUUUUACGCGGUAUCCCGACGGACAGAAGGGAAUGGACUUCGCCGAUGUCUACAUCAAUGCAAUGGCCCGGAGCAGCAAGACCAGCAAGAUUCUGAAGGACAAACUGCAGAACGAUAAACCUGCGGCUAUCAAUAUGGCUAUGGUCUGUCUGCUGGUCAAUUUCGGUCGCAUGAACACUACCCUGAACUUCUUUCCUGAAAUGCGCGCUCAACUCCGAACGUACCACUCGAUUCCCUCACUACAAGCGCAUCAGGAUUCCAACGCGUAUAAGCAGCUCCAGGAUGCUCCUCGUCUCAAGUCCAUUCUUAAGGGCGCCUCAGAGGAUGUAGAUCAACCGAAUACCUUGGAAAAGAUUAAGCGGCAGAAUAUACCUCGAACCAACCCAGUGAACUUGAUAUUUGUUCUGGCGCAGUAUGCUCCCAAAGUGUCGGAAACACACUUCUUUCCUCCGCGAGACUUCUUCGACCUGGUCAUGAGAUCUACACUUAGCAGCCAAAGUCGCGCUAGGGCAUUCCUUUGGCUGAUGUGGUGGUAUCUAGAGAGUGAUUUCAGUCGCGAGGCUGCUCUGAACAAUCCAUUUGGUCCGGGUGUGGAAGGCGAGGGGGCCGAGGGUCUUCCUUUGAAAGUACCCCCCUUUGACAUCCUGACAGAGGAGCAAGCCAGUGAGGAGAAUUUAGAUACACCAGAGGAACAGGAAUACGGGGAGUCUAAAAGACUAGAACGAAAGCGCAUCCUGGAAGAAGAGGAACCACUACCGCGCAUUCCCAAGCGACCCAAGAAAGGUGCGCUCGACAUUUUGAAUAGUUAUCAUAUAUCCGUCCGCAGAACGCUAACCUUCCCCGCAGAAUACGGCUUUGACGAAGAAUCAUUCGCAGGAGAUUACUCUGGUAUGGGAGGUCGUGGCUCUGCUAUGUCCACCCCUCUCCACCCUUCUGCUAAACGCAGCCUGGAUGAUGAGGACGAUGAUAUGACCCCUGGUCACUCUCGUCCGCGCCCUAAACAGGCCAAGCGGGAGUCAUCACUUAAUCGAGCCGUGGGCCAACAGCGACUCAUCUUGAAAACGAGGAUGGAACAUACACCUGAUGCUUCCCCCGCUCCUCCGGGUCCCAACCAUCCAGUCCUUAAUCGCUUUAUUACUGAGCCUUCGCUUUCUUCAGCACCCACUAUGCGUCGCAUGCGGCCACUUACACAACACCAGAUAGCUGUUGAGCAAAAUCGUCGGCAGAGGAUUGACUAUCUGCUGGCCAAACGUAAAUCAAACGCAUACCGCAUUCUCCGUGCUAAACGGGAGAGUGAGAUUCCUUUCGCGCGCUACGGUCGCUUGCUUCAGGGCCUGCCCGAGGGCUACGAUACGGACGACGAAGAAACCUCGUGGGGCAAGGGUGGUCUCUUCCCGAACCCGGAAGAAGAGGAUGACUUUGGAGAAUGUGCCAGUGUUUUUCUCUCUGUAGUGCGAAAAGCUGCUCGCCGACUCGAUCGCUGGGACUAUACCGAAGCUAAUGGUCCCAAGAAGGAUCGCAAGCAGGAGCGCGAGGAGCGAUACCAGGCCAAGGCGGCCCUGGAAGCUGAUGUGCGAAACUCCAACAACCGAUCCCGUCCACGUCCUCGCCCUAGUGCUGCUGCCAAGCGCAAGCCUACGGGUGUAACGGGCACUCCUGGCAGUACCAAGAAAGCCACAGCGUCACAGGCUAAGGGCACUCACGGACAUCCUGAUGGGUUGGGAGCUGGGCCAUCAGCCAUGGGUACCCCAAGCUGGGACGCGGAGCACGGACCCGACGACUACGUAGAGGGGGAGCUGGACGAUCUCGACCGCGAACUCCUUGGCGAAGUUUCUGGUGAAGAAGAUGAUGGAGGUGCCCCUCUCCGAGCCGAGGAGGAAGGGGACUUCUCUGACGAUCAGGACGAUGAAGAAGAUGUGGACGGUGACGAAAAUUCCUCUGCCUAUGAAGGCGCCAAUGGUUACGCACGACAUGAAGCUUCGUCCCCUGCCCCGAGGGGUGUAGCUGGCCCGCGCGGGGAAGGCUAUGGAGACGACGCGAUGGAAGACUAA